CCGAGACCCAUUCUUCGGGCGCCGACACCGUGAAAAAAUAUGCGAGUGCACCGGACCUCUCGCCGCAUAUAUAAGCCAACAGCGUCGCCAUCGCCGAUGCAGUUUUAGUUUCGCCGCACAGCAUAGACAUGUCUCUCGCUUUCCGCCUUGGUUUGGCGAGCGUUCUCGCGGUAGUGCUGGUUUCGUCCUGCGUUGAAGCUGGAGGCGGCGGUGGAGGCGGACACAAAAAGUACAUCAUCCAUGUGCCGCUGAAGGUGAAGGUGCACCACCACACGCACACCGUUUACAAGCACAUCUUCCACGAGGAUGACGGCCACCACGGAGGCGGUGGAGGCGGCGGAGGUCACGGAGGUGGUCACGGAGGCGGUCAUGGCGGAGGCGGCGGACACGACGCCGGGCCAGUUUAUCAGAUAAUCUCAGAGGGUUAUGGAGAUUCUGGCAGCCAUGGCGGCGGACACGGAGGCGGACACGGAGGAGGAGGUCAUGACUCUGGACAUGGAGGUCAUGGAGGUGGUCACGGAGGCGGUCACGGAGGUGGUCACGGAGGCGGUCACGGAGGUGGUCACGACAGCCUUAAAGGAAUUCUGGCCCUUGUCAAAUUGCACGGAUCUGGAGGCCACGGCGGACACGGAGGAGGCUCUGGACAUGGUGGAGGUCACGGAGGAGGUCAUGGAGGUCAAGGAAAGGCUGUCACCGCCUUCGACUCGUACGGACACAUCCUGGGGGCUGGAUACUCGGGCAACCACGGCGGCGGCUACAGCUCUGGACACUCUGACGGCGGCCACGGCGGUCACGGUGGAGGAGGAGGCGGCCACUCUGGAGGCGGAGGUCAUUCCUAUGACCUGGGUGGCCACGGAGGCUCUGGAGACCACGGAGGCGCUGGAGGACAUGACGCGGGACACUCGUACGACCUUGGAGGUCAUGGCGGAGGCGCCGGCGGCCAUUCUGGAGGUGGUGGCCACUCGGGAGGCGGCCAGUCUUACGAUUUCGGUGCUGGAGGCCACGGAGGCGGCAGCAGCGGCCACUCUUACGACCUUGGCGGCCACGGAGGAUCCGGGAGCCACGGAGGUGGUGACGCCGGCGGCCACUCAGGUGGCGCAAGCUACGAUUUCGGCGGAAGUUACGACCUUGGAGGCCACGGCGGCCAAUCUGGAGGUGGAGGCGGCCACAGCUACGACCUUGGAGGCCACGGAGGCCAAUCUGGAGGUGGAGGCGGCCACUCUUACGACCUUGGAGGCCACGGCGGCCAAUCUGGAGGCGGCGGCUACGACUACGGCCACUCUGCCGGCGGUGACCAAGGCCACAGCGGCGGCCACACCUCCGGAGGCGGCGGCGGCGGUGGAUAUGACCUCGGCGGCCACUCUGCUGGAGGCGGCGGCGGCCACUCAGGCGGUGGAAACGACCUGUCCUCGUACGGCGGCAGCGGCGGCGGCCACGACGGCGGCCACGGCUACGCGACCUCCUCAUACGCCUCGUACGAACGCAACUGCGAGCACCACCACUGAGAAAAAUUGUUUAAUUUUCGUUUUAACCGCCCAAAAACUAUUUGAUAAGCCGAGUGAAUGUCGUCUCAGGUGCGAAUCUGUCCGGGGCCCCCAAGUUCCUCCCGCAAAAAUAUGAAGAAAUUCGUCCCCGUCCGCUAACUGGUAUACUUGGUUCGCGACUAGUCUGACUGAAUCAUUUUUGCUCAUCAUUUUUACUGUUUUGUAAAUAGCAGCCAUCGUUUUUUACAUAUUGUAUUUUGUUGUUGUAACCUACUGCUCUCACUUUUAUAAAUAAACAACCGUUUUUGUAAUAAAUAGAA